UUAAGUUACAUUUAUUUAAACUCGAUUGGAAAAAUGUCCUUUUAGCGUCUGAUUUGUGCUACGUUAUUCUAUGGAUUCAGUUGGAAAUGCCCAACCGGGAGAAGCCGGUAGCGAUGAGGUCAGCGACGACGCAACACAGCCGGUAGAUGAAAUACCACUGGCAUCAAACUCUGAACUGCCUCUCGUUGGAAUGGGCGCUCAUGCUACCAUUUCCGGCGACUUCUCCCAUCGAAACAUCGUUAUUGAUCUGGUCGAUCCUCAGCCAAACAUGGAAAUCGAGUUGGAUCAGCUCCAGGCGAGUGUGUUUCAACCCGUUAUAUUUGUUGACAACUAUGUGCCGGCAGAAGGAGCCCUGGACGGGUUAUCGAAUCCCGCGGGGGACGAAGAGGCAGCGGAGAUUGUUCCAGAUGUAGUAACAAUACCACCGACCGAGCAACCGACUAACAAUGAUGCCACAGAGCAACCGGUGGCGCACUCUACGAGAUCUUCAACGCGGUCCUCUACGGGAUCAACUCCGGACAGUACACCCAGAAGAAGGAAACGAAGACGAACAUUUACGCUGAAGGAAGUUGACUCUCCUAAACCUCCAAAGGUCGAUGACGACGACGACGACGAUGGCAUUAUUUGUUCAAUCUGCUUCAGCGAGUGGACAAUGACAGGCGAUCAUCGGGUGGUGGCACUCAAGUGUGGCCAUUUGUUUGGCAUGUCCUGUAUCAAGCGGUGGCUCCAAGACAACCCGGCGUCCGUUCGGAGCUGUGCUACAUGCAAGGCGAAGGCUAAACUUUCCGACAUACGCUUCAUAUAUGCCCGCGCGAUCAAAGCGAUCGAUAAUACGCGCGAAAUUGAAUUGACAAAAGAGUUGGAGGGCGAAAAGAAGAAAAGCAGUGAACUCCAGCUGAAGCUUUUUAUCACCCAGAAAGAGUUGGAGGAUUUGCGUAAAGAGGCCAAGCAAAUUAGAAGUAUGAUACAGAACAUGAGACAACCGUAUGUCGAGAGUCAGGAACUGUCUCGGCGGUACAGUUACCAUUUGACGCUAGAAAAAAACAUCCUAAUCAGCAACGAUCCGGGUUGCCGGGUUAUGGUGUACGCUUACCAGCACAAAAUGUUGCUGAUCUCACAAAAAUCUAACCUGAAUCUUUUCCCGGGAUAUGCCAUACGUUUGUUGCAGCUGCCCGAGUUGGCCGGUAUAUCGAUGAGCUCUGUGAUACACGUGUCAACCAAACAGGUACGCGACAUUGCCCUAGACGAAGUGAACAACGUGUUUGCAUGCGCCACGAUGGAGAAUAACGUAAAAGUGUUCUCGCUAGUAACCCGAGCGGUCACCUGUUCUAUCACGCUCGGCGCAGACUCUAUCAUCUGGUCGUGCGCGUUUGACCGUGGACGGCCCAACAUUCUGUACCUUGGCACGCAACGUGGCGAAGUGUUUAGGUACAGCAUUCAACAGCCAAACGAGCCAUUGGACAUGUAUGCAGUAGGCCAUGAGAUUGUGGAAUACACCGCCGUCAUCCAAAUCUGCCCGGUCGAGCCGACAGCGACCAUCCCAUUUGGAGGGUUUCUGGUGUGCAAACUUAAAUCCGCCUGGUUCUUCGAGUACACACAGGAGCAAGGGCAAGACAAUGUAACUGGUCAUCGACUCAACGUUUCGCCCGGUACGCUAUCUGCGAUGAGCUACAACCCCGAUAGUGGUCACGUGUUGAUAUCGGUACGCCCAACGCAAACUGAGCCUUCCACACACUUGCUGGCCGAACUCGUGAAAGAGGAUGGCUCAUUUUUGCUGCACAAACUCCACGCUUGGCAGGGAUCGCGGUUGCAAAAGACGAUCCAACGAUCCGCGCAGGUGUUCAUGAACAAGGCUGACACGCUGGUGCUUGCGUACCAGGAGGACAAUAAGGUGCUAACGUCGUGGUGCAGCAACAGCAAGAAUCCCGUGGGGCAACAUUUGCCAUUGGGCGAAACCGUGUACGAUAUAUGUUCGGCAAUAUCCACCACGGGGAGGAUGUACUUGGCGGCACUGAGCGAUAACCGUUGCCGUGUCUACUGUGUAAAUCAGAGCGUGUUAGAUUAGGAACUGCCAGAAUCAGGGAGACUUUUUUUAUAGAAUAAAACAUAAUAUUUCACACAA